AUGACAUUAAUAUUUUAUGAUGCACCGCAAACCAUCUUGGGAUAUUAUUCAACAAGUCAUAGAAUAACUUCUUCUCAACAUACCUCUAGCAAUAAUAACGCUGAAUCAAAUGUUUAUAUUCCGGCUCGCUUAUGUCUUGGAACUGGAGCUUUUGAAGAAGAAUUGAAUAAAGACAAAGAUGAUGAUAAAAAAUAUCUUUCUUUUUCACGUUUGCCUCCAUAUUCUUAUCCUUCAAUUGGUAUAAUAAAAAAUACUAACACAAUUGAAGAAUUUAAACAAUUGGAUAAAAAUUCUUUGUUCAAAGAGACUGCAGAACAAUAUCACUAUUGGUUUGGAUUUCCUGCUUUAUUAACUGAACCACCAUGGGUUAUUUCUAAUAAUGGAAAAGUUGAUAGCAUUGAUCAAGUUUGGGAGUUUGAUCAAGAAGAGGAACAAGUAUUUUUUAACAGAUUGGAGGAAGUUGGUUCUGAAGGUCAAUGGGGAAUAUUUUCAAUAGCGAUUCCUGGUCGUGUUGGUUAUCAAGUAAAAACUGGGAGAAUUAAAGAUCCAAAUUAUGUAAUUGAUAGAAAUGGUAAAGCACAUUAUUUGUUUAGUACUAGGAAUAAGAAAACAGGCGAAAUGCAAGAAACAUGGAAAAAAUCACACUGA